UCAGAGGAGCUGUCAGGUUCCAGACCUAUCAGUGACAAGAGCGCUGGGAAGACUUUCUCAGAAGCGAGAGAGAGAGAGAGAAAAAAAAAUCUUGAAAUGUGAGGUCGAAAGGUUACAAUAAUUGUUGGACUAACGAGGAGCUGCUUCAAGCAUAAAUAGCAGAGCUGUUUCUGUCCCUCUCUGCAGUUCUCCCCACACCUGUAGGGCACUUCACAGUUCUCAGACUUACUCUUGAGCUCAAAGCACAGAUUGAAACCAUGGAAAAACUUAUGUCGGUCUGCAAACUCUGGAAAAUUGCGUGCACUUUGCUUGUGACAGUGCCGGGUUAUGUGAAGUGUCUGCCAGUGGAGGGGGUGCAGCCUUGCACAGCAGGGGGGCGGGCAAAAUACAGCAUGGUCUUUACUGGCAAAUGGACCCAAAGCGCCUUUCCCAAGCAGUAUCCCCUCUACCGACCCCCUGCUCAGUGGUCGCCACUGAUCGCGGUUAGCCACAGCAGUGACUACCACAUGUGGAGGCUGGGUGAGUAUGCCAGUAAUGGAGUGCGGGAGUUUGUGGAGAAAGGCGAGGCGUGGGGCUUGAUGAAAGAGGUGGAGGCAGCAGGAGAGAAGAUCCAAAGUGUCUAUGGGAUCUUCUCUGCACCAGCCAGCACCAGUGGUACGGAGCAGACCUCGACUGAAUUUGAGGUGCACCCCCGGCAUUCUCUUCUUUCCUUCAUGGCUCGGAUUGUGCCGAGCCCCGACUGGUUUGUAGGUCGUGACAGUUUCAAUCUGUGUGAAGGAAACCACUGGAAAGAGCAGGUGUCCGUGGACCUGUAUCCACACGAUGCGGGGACCGACAGCGGCUUCACCUUCUCAUCUCCCAACUUUGCCACGAUUCCCCAGGAGACCAUCACUCAGAUAACGUCGAGCUCUCCAAACCAUCCCGCAAACUCUUUCUUCUACCCGAGACUGAAGCACCUUCCUCCGAUGGCCAGAGUUACAUUGACAAAGCUGAGAGACAGCCGGGUGAUAGGGAUUUCUACAGUUCAGUCCAACCUCCUUCCUAUGGGCAAUGAGAUUGAUGACUCAAUAUCAGAGACGCCGCUGGACUGUGAGGUCUCCACAUGGUCCUCCUGGGGCCUGUGCAUGGGAAAGUGCACCCAGAUGGGUUCCAAGCACCGCACUCGCUACAUCCGAUUGAAGCCAGCCAACAACGGCAACCCCUGCCCAACACUGGAGGAGGAGAAGGAGUGUGUGCUGGAUAACUGUGUGUAGCGGCGGCAUCUGGUGGUGACUGAUUGCAUUGACGCCUUCAGCAGGGCUGAUUAUUUUUGUAUAUCGAACCAGCGAAGGUUCGUGAGAUGCAAAUGAAUUUCAAGCAAUUGUCAGCAAUUCAGGGCUCUGAAUGCUGGCUUCCUCUGUUGCCAUUUGUCCUCCCUGAAUGCUACCAAUGCUUUUCCUGUCAGCCUUCAUUUUCCGGACAUCAAAGCCACAUCUCUCGUUCCUUUGCACCAACAUAUUGAUGGAGAGAACCUACCCACACAUGCGCGCCCUGAUAUGAAAUCCAUAACCAGAGUAGAAUGGACAUGGAGAUAUCAUCCCAUCGAGGGGUCUGGACCCACUGUUGUGAACUUGUGAGCAAUGAUUGAGAGGUUUGCAACCAUCAUCUGAACCUGAAUAAAGACAUACAAUCUCCUCAUAAAUUGUUGAUUUCAGACUUAACUUUUAAAUUGUUUUUCUUAAAAGAAAUUGACGGAGAAACCGGCUUCAAAAUUAAGCAUUUAACAAUUUGCCAAAAUACUGAACGUUCUAGAAUGAGGUCAUUUAUAAUUCUCUCCCCCCGUCUCUGAUUUAACAUCGGUUUUGAAGUUCCUCCUCGGUCUAUCUGGCAAUGUGCCCAGCUGUGUCUGGAUCAGCAAAUAUGCUGUACCUCUCCCUCCACCCCCAAACACACACAGAUGUCCUCGAUCAGUGACAGUGUUCACCCAAAGAGAAAUAACAAUUGUGUCUUUAGAUAGCAUCAAUUUAAGAUUACUAGCCACAAAAAAGCAAAUGAGAGCGGUUUUCAGAAAUUUGUUUUUACACACUGAGUUAUUAUUAGGGCAUGGGACACCACAUCAAAAAAAAAGUGGAUGAAACAGAAUUUAUAAUAACUUUCAAAAGGAACGAUCAGAAAGAAUAAAAGGGUAAGGGGAUAAGGACAGGGGAGUGGGACUAAAUGAAUAGCUCUUACUCUGGGGCUAGAUUCUCUCUAUUUAUGUAGCAUUUUAAAACAUUCAGAAAUUGGCAAUUCUUAAAUGCAGCCUUAAUUUUGAAACUGUUUUUUNCUUGAGUUUCUUUCAAGAACUUUGGAGAACUGGCUUCAAAGUUAAGUAUGAAUUCAGCAAUCUGCUAUACAUUGGCCGCUCUGAAACACUACACAGAGUUAAGUGGAAAUGGGGUGGAAUUUCUCCCCAGCAGAGAGCCGGCUCAGGCACAAUGGACUGAAUGGCCUCCUUCUGUGUUGUAAAAUUCUAUGGUUCAUUCAUCAUGAAAUAAAUCUCCAUUUGAUCACCCUGGA